GAGCUGCUGGACCUCGUGUCUUUUGUGCGCCCGACGCCCCAGGAGGAGGAGGCGCGGACCCAGUGGCUCGGCAGGCUGCAGGCGGCCGCGCGCUCGCUGUGGCCCUCGUGCCACGUGGAGGUCUUCGGCUCCUGCGCCACAGGCCUCUGCCUGCCCACCGCCCUCGUGGACGUGGCGGUCAACGGCCUGCCGAUGACGCUGAGGCCGACCACCGCCCUGAAGAUGCUGGCCGAGAGGCUCUUGCAGACCAAGGAGAUCAGCAGACUGGAGAUCGCGCAGUCGGCAACGGUGCCCAUUAUGAGACUUCAGCAGAGGACCUGCCGCUGCCCCGUCCGGGAGACUGCCAGCAGGCUGCAGCGGGGCUUGCACGAGACGUUCACCGGGGGCGUGGGCUCGUUCCUCCUGGUGAACCUGGUGCUCUCCUUCCUGCAGCGGCACCCGUCCGCCACGGAUCCCAACAUGCACGCGAUCACGUCCGUGGGCAACCUACUCUUCGAUUUCUUCUGCCACUACGGGACCGAGUUCGACUACAGCACCCACGGCAUCUCCGUGCUUCACGGGGGUGGCCUCAUCGACAGAGCGGCCAGAGGUUGGAGGAGACUGCGCGUGCCCGCACCGCGUGCUCCCGAGCUUGGCCUCCGGCGCCGCUCGAAGGCCCACACGGUCUGAGCGCUUCCUGGCCGUUCCGCGGCCGCUUCCUCCCGUCGUGCCCCUCCUGCUGCAGUAAUUCGCCACGGACGCGUCCCGCCGCCAGCCGACCGCCUGUUGGAGCAAGCUCGCCGCAGA